AUGACAACCAGGAACCUCAAUAAAACCUGGAGAGACAUCGUAUUCGAGCAAUACCAAGCCGAUCUCGAGGCAGAUUCCCCCUUUCCCAUUCGCUACCUCAUCUUUCUCCACCGAUGGAAGAAGGAUACCUUCAUCAGCAUCCCAAACAAGAUCGAAAUAAUGACCUUUCGCCGCGCUAUCUUGGACUUUGUACGCUCUAGAGAUGGGGAAGAAGAUCCCACUUUUAGCAAUGAGCAUAUUUCGGUGUGGCCGCGGAAGACGUUUCGCGAACGUCAGGAAGAAGAGGCUGCAAAGGAGGGCAAUGAGACUAAAGAGACUGGGUUCUUGGAUUGA